AUGACAAAUGGAUUCAAGAACAAGUUAGGUGAAGGAGGUUUUGGAAGUGUUUACAGCGGAGAGCUUCCAACUAAUGGAGUUCCAGUCGCCGUAAAAGUCCUCAGUGAUUCGAAAGGAAAUGGAGAAGAUUGUGUUAACGCAGUGGUAACCAUUGGCAGAAUUCACCAUGUCAAUGUGGUUCGCCUACUCGGGUCUUCUGCCGAAGGAGGCAAGCGUGCGCUUAUUUACGAGCUCAUGCCAAACGGGUUCCUAGAGAACUUCAUCACAUUUAAAGAUCAAUCCAACAACGCUUCGUUUGAUUGGCAGAAAGUUCACAACAUCGUCAAUGGUACAGCGAAGGGAAUCGAGUAUCUUCACCAAGGGUGCGACCACAUGAUCCUCCACUUUGAUAUCAAACCUCAUAACAUACUGUUAGACCAUGGUUUCAAUCCUAAGAUCUCGGAUUUUGGUCUUGCUAAACUCUGUUCCAAGGAAGAUAGUUUCAUAUCUAUGACAGCUGCUAGAGGCACCGUGGGCUACAUUGCACCAGAAGUGUUCAGUGGGAACUUCGGGAGCAUGUCCCACAAGUCAGAUGUGUACAGUUUCGGUAUGCUAGUGCUUGAAAUUGUUGGAUCCAGAAAACAACCUGCUCUUACAUCUGGAACCAGUGAGGUCUACUUUCCGGAAUGGGUUUACAAAUCGUCUAGUUCCAGGAGAAGCGUUGGAUUUGAAGCUAUAUACCGAUGA